UUGUUACAGUCAAUACAGAGUUGUUACUGUUGUGUCACAUAAGUGACGCUGACAUUUGUAGAAAACCGGCCAGUGUUAUAGAUUUAUAGAUUUAUCGCUUUAUUACUUUUCUGAAGAAGUUAGCAGCUAGUAGUGCUGAUGUAAUUUGUAUAAGAUGAGCUACAGGAAUGGUUGACAGGAGUGAGAAAGAUAAAUUCCUUAUACUAGCGGUGGAUUUGCUACAGCUCAGCAGGACAGAUGAGGAGGAUUGUUGGUUAAGAUCACUGUAUCUAACAUUCGUCACCACAAGAGGUUGCUGUACAUUAAAUCAAUAUCAUCAAUUUUUGUCCGGGAUAAAGAGAGUUGUAAAGAGUAAUUAUCUGGACUACAGUAUUAUCAGUGUCGAAGAACUACUGGACCGUCCCAGAAAUCUGACCGUGGAAUGUUCGACUGGAACUCCCACUAAAACUGACAGACAGCUAUACAGGAAGAUUUUAUCAGGGAGGUUUGUACUCACACCUCUGAGUCAGAAUGACCAGAUCUCAUUCAUUCAGCUGCAGGAUAACACAGGAUCCAUUCCCUGUCAGUGGACAGAUUUCAGCAGGAGAAAGUUGAUCUAUGCUCGAGAUUCAUGGUGUAUUUUGUCGUCAUGGAGACUGGUCAAAGAAGGUCAAGGUACAAACUACAUUGAAGUUACAAAUUUUAUCCAAGAGGAAAAUGUGGACAGGAGAAGGAAAGAGAUCAAAGUGUUAUCAACAACUGAUGUAGCAGUCAUAUUGGAAAACAAAGAUAAAUUGAAACCAGGCUGUUUAAAUGUUAUUGGAGAAGUCAGCUGUUUCAGUGAGAUCAUCAAAAUUAAAGAAGAUCUGGUAUUUUGUAUUGAACUACAGAAAAAGGUCACCAUUAUUAUUAAGGACAGGAAGUACCUACACUGGCAUGACCUUUUGACCCCACAGAAAGAGUUCCUGUUUCUAGGCCUACUUCCCACUACCCUGUACAAGGGGACACCUCAAGAGAAAAAAGUUCUCGUUCCCUGGAAGAAAUCUGAUAUUUUUGCUCCUACAGUGGAAAAUAUUGAAGUCAUUUCUCUCUCUAAAUGGCUGAAAGAAAACUGCAAGGAUGAGAAGAUUUCUUUAUUAAAUCCAAAAGAGUUGAUCAGAGUGUCUGAGGAUCAGGAGUUUUGUUCCUAUCAGGGGGAAGUAACUAAUGUGGACUUGGAAAACUUUGGGUUGUAUCAACUGGAUAAAACUGUGUGGCUGUUGCUGAGUAGUAUGUCAUACCAUCAUUCCCACAGAAGUUUUCAUCUUGGCUCCCAUGUCACAGUGCACAACAGUCAUAUGGUGGCCUCCAAACAGGUUCCAAAGAUCUGUCUCCUUUGCUGUACCUGUAGCUGUAUCCGUGUGUCUCAGUUCUCUGAUCUCCCUCCACAACCAAAGAAUGUAAAAUUGUCUGAGUUUGUAAGAUGCCAGCUAUGGAGGUACUCAUUCAGCAGCACACAGAUGCUCCAGUUUAUCAGAUUCCUCAUUUCCCUCUACACAAAGUUCACCACUCUCUGUCCUCAAUUCAAUUGGUUGUUGAAGAGAUACAUGACUGACAGUGCUGAUCUCCAGAAAAGAAAUUACAUGGAAGAAUUCCUGUCCACCCCUCACAGCUGUUUUCUGUACAAAUCCACACUAGAGAUGGAGCCCACAUGUCCACUUUUCCCUACAUUGGUUCUGUGUUCUGAUAUUAGUUUUGACACAAAAGCAAUAGACAGACAAGGACACAAUCUUAUUCAGAGCCUGAGAAGCACAGACAGACUUAAUACAGCCCUCUACUGGCUUUAUCAUACAGAGGAUAACCAGGAGAAUAAAACACAGGUUUUGAUUGGCUACAUAGAUUUCAGUUCAAGGAGCAGUAAAAUUCUUCUUCUAGAUGAUACAGGGUGUCACAAAUGUCUAAUAUUAAUGGAGCAGGAAAAGGAGCUGCAUUCAUUAUCCUCAUUAAAUGGAUGUUUAGUGGCUGUACAGAAGUACAGUGUGGUGUAUGAAAAGUUCCAAAUUUGUCAGUAUCCAAACCUAGGUUCUUAUGGAGAGGAGAAGUAUGUCUCUGAUGUCAGAGAGGAACUAUAUCUGACAAUGUCCUUAUCUGACAUGGAGGUCCUGAAAGAGAAUAAGAGAACUAGAGUAAGUGGUGAGGAUAAUGCAGUACGGUGUUGUAUAAUUCACAAGGAAUCAUUGUUAUUGGAGGGAGUGAACUGUGGACAACCACGUCUUAGGUUUACAGCAGUUGGCUAUUUCCUUGAUAAGUCCUGGUCAGAAGAGAAGAUUCACGGCUUUGUAGAGGAAGCUGUUAAGUUUUGGGACAAUAGGAAUGAAACAAAUGGAAUAUCAAAGCAAGACUCUGAUAAUGCUAGGGGACAGGGUAGCCAAAUGACAGCCACCCACAUUCUUCUGUUCCAGGGUAGGGCUGUUCAAUGGUAUGAAGCGCUCCAUCCUGGCCAUAUAUACUGGUUCUCCUCAGAGGAGAAACUAGUACCCGACUCCACAAAUUGCUCUCAGCAGUCUCUAAGGAAAGCAGGGAAGCAAGCUGGAGGGAAAAUGUGUAUCUGUGUCCCUGAGGACCUCUGGGUGACAGAGGAGCUGCUUAACUUUAGAUGUACACAACUGAGAUGCUGUGUUUGUUUGAAUAUCUGUCCAGUCACAGACAUAAGUGAAAUCCUCAAAGACAAUUGUUCUGCUCAGAUCGUGAGUUUGGAGGGAAGAAUUAAGAGUAGAAGACACCUGUCUGGGGAGAACAAACCAUUUUACAUGAAAACUUGCAAAAGUACCUGCUCACAGCUUUGUGUAUCCACCCUGGAUAACCAGAAGAUAAGUUUAGUGGUGUCCAGUCUGACGGGAGCGGAGGAGGUGGUGGUUUAUAUGACCCUAAACAACAUCAGUUAUCCCCUUGGUCUUCUUCCUGGUCAUGUGAUCAGGUUUCACAACCUGGAAAGAAAAAUAUCCCAUAGUGGCUCUGUUUACUGUCAGUAUGUGGUAAUAUCCUCAGUGAGGGUCCUAUCAACUGAGUCACAACACCUUGAUGGUGAAGUGAAAAAUAAAGAGACAAAAGAUGCAACAUCCUUAUGGGAGGAUGUUCCUCUUCAAAGACUCUAUGAGGGAUGGAGAUCACCAGGCCUAACAAGAAUACAGACUGUUUGUCAUAUCCACAAUAUAACAAAGCUAGCAUUUAAGAGCACCUGUCUCAACUGUAGUUCUGUGAUACACCAGGGAACAUGUACAAAUCGCCUCUGUGAUCCUGGUCACGGCACCAAUUUCUCAGCUUCUGCUUGUUUUUCUGUAGAUGAUGGGACAUCAUUUGCCAGUGUAAAGUGUUACAAUACAGUUGUUCAGAGACUCUUAGAAUUAACAGACAUGGAAUGGUCAAGUUUGGAGGAUGCUGUGAAGUAUCAAGGAGACAUUUUCCUCACUUCAAAUUGUAGCUAUGAAAGCAAUUUGGAGCAGUUUCUACAGCUGUUACGGGAAGGAAAUCACCUUCAUCAGCCCAAAAAUUUACUGCUACAAGUAGACAAACACCACACAUCCAGAGAGAUUUUACAGCUUGACAAACACCAAAACUCCAGGGAGAUGCUGUAUAACAUUGACAAGGCUUCUAUUUCAGAUUUUGACAAGAAGACUGUGGACCUAGGUUGUGGAAAACAGGAAACAAGAUGUCUACCUGUCCCUCAGUUCACUUGCCUUGACAUCCGGACACUUGAUGUUAGUUCUUACAUUGUACACAAUCUUAAAGUUUCUUCAAAACUGUGUGACAGCUGACAAAAUAAUUUGUUGUCGCAUGUAAAGCAGUAGGCUUUUGUAUUGUUGUUCGGUAUGGAAACUACUGUUGUAGAAACUGUUUUGUUAACCUUGUUGAGAUUCUGGAAAAUACUAUGUGUUUUAAUGUGAUUGUAAUAAAGCAAUAAAAUCAAAUAUU